AUGGUUCUAAUGAGCUUGGGUCAGUGCAGGGAAUCAGGUAUCUCAGCUGCUGAUAAAGACACUAGCAAGCAUGUAAUUGAGACAGAAGAGGAAGUGCCAAUUUUCUUAUACAGAAACAAUUGUGUUCCAUCUUUAGUUGUUACUUCAAGAAGGGAUAGUGAUGCCGAGAAGAAAGAUAGCUGCUCAGCUCCAGUGUUAUUGCCUGUUUGCGGUGGCCCAUCCAUACUUCCAAGAGCUCAAUCUUUCCAUUUCCAGGAGAAACGAAAGCUCAAACGCAACAUGUUAAAUUGGAAAUUAGUGCAGAGCAAUGACAUCAUAUCACUCAUCCGACGUGGUAAACGAAUCUAA